CAGAUGCGACAUCCGGUUCCGUCUCUCUUUUCAGCAAUUCGUGUGCACAGCGUGUUUUACUUUUGCAGUUUUUCCCAAUUUUCCCAUAGAAAAUGGGUCGCGUCAGGACAAAGACGAUUAAAAAGGCCGCAAAGGUGAUAAUUGAAAAAUACUAUACGCGCCUCACAUUGGAUUUCCAUACAAACAAGCGAAUCUGCGAGGAAGUGGCUAUUAUCCCCACAAAACCCCUCAGGAACAAGAUUGCCGGAUAUGUAACACAUCUGAUGAAGCGGCUCCGUCACUCCCAGGUUCGAGGGAUUUCGAUUAAGCUGCAGGAAGAGGAGCGCGAACGUCGUGACAACUACGUUCCCGAUGUCUCUGCUCUGGAGCAGGACAUUAUUGAGGUGGAUCCUGAGACCAAGGAGAUGUUGAAGAUGCUCGACUUCCACAAUCUCACUGGGCUCCAGCUGACACAGCCCACAACAACCUUCAAUAGGCGCAACUAAGCUCCUUUGUGCCCCUAAGAAGAAAAAUAAGUGAAAUACAGCUUAUUUAAAAGCCCAA